GAGCACGAACAAGCGCAUGCCAACAUCUGGACACACACACACACACACACACACAGCGGGAUUGAUCUUCUGUAUCUGUAUCUCCUGACCCCCGUCAUGUCCAGCGGAGAAUCCCAGUGAAGAUUCACAUCCAUCACAGUCCUCACUCCAUCACCCUCAUCAUGCCCGAGAAGACCAAAUACAACCUGGUGGAGGAGACUGAAGACCAGAGCUUCCAGGGUGGCAUCUCGUUCCCGGUGAAGUUCAUUGGCACGCUGGACAUCGUGCGGCCCCAGAGCAGACUGGACAUCCUGGCGGCCAUGAGGAGGGUUCGGUACGAGUUUAAAGUGAAGAAUAUCAAGAAAACGAAGGUCAGCCUGGUGGUGGCGGUGGACGGCGUCAAGGUGGUGCUGAGUAAGAAGAAAAAGGUAAGAAAAAAUGCCUACAGCUGGGACGAAACCCAAACCAUGCUGGCUCAGGAUCCCAUUUACAGAAUAUUUUACGUCUCCCACGACUCGCAGGACCUGAAAAUCUUCAGUUACAUCGCGAAGGAUAAAAAGAGCAACGUGUUCCGCUGCAACGUCUUCAAAUCCAAGCGAAAGAGCCAGGCUGUGAGGAUCGUCCAGACGGUUGGCCAGGCAUUCGAGGUUUGUCAUAAGCAGAGCUUGGACACAGCUGAUGAGUGGCUGGUGAGGGGUGAGGAGGAGACCGGAGAAGACGAAUCGGAGAAGAAUCCAAACUCUGAUGGAAUCACAGACGAGUCGGUGCAGAAGGACGCAAAGGUGUCACCUACAUGCACUCGUCUCUCGCUGAGCCAUCGUGUCGAGCUCCUUCAGAAACAACUGAAACAGCAGGAGCAGAAGAGCCAGAGCGCCUCGGCACAGGCGGUCCUGCUCCAGCAGCAGCUGUGUUUGGAGGCGCGGGCGAGGGAAGAGGCGCAGAAUCGAGCUCAGCAGCUCCUGCAGCAGAACGGUGAGCUUCUGCAACAUCUGUCCAUGUUGAUCACGCACAUCCAGGAGCUGGAGCUACGAUCUCACUCGUCCUCCUCUAACAGUGAGUUGGGCUCUCAGGACAGCCUGUUGGAGAUCGCCCUGAGACCCAACGUUCCUCGUUUCUCAGCACCGCAGGAGCCCGAGCUGAUCCAUCUGAAUGCCUUCGACUUCUUCUCAGAGUCUACAGAGCACGAGAAGAAGCUAGAGCAGGACCGGGACUCUGGUCAGGGUCCAGAAGAAGAAGGAAAUGAGAGUUCUUUAACCGAGAGUCGCUGCUUCAGCGCCUUGGAGAUUCCUGGCUUCAGAGAAUCCAGCAUGGCGUCCGGUUACGAGUCGUAUACGGACGAGAGUGAUGACCGGGACAGCUGGGGACAGUAAAAGUUCAACAUGAGACGACAAACUCAAUGUUAGAGACUCAAUUCAACUGAACUGGAUGGACGUUGGUCUAUUAAGACCUAAAAAUCAUAAACUGACUAAAC